CAUCGCCAAAAUAAAAAUAAAAUUGAUUUUGUGCAAUACAUUUGUAUUUUAGAUUUUUGUUUGUAAUAAACCAAAAAAAGAAAAGUUGUACAUAUAAAAUCAAGUAAACUAAUAAAUCAAUGAUAACAAUAUCCAGUUCUCAUCAAAAUAACAAUAAUUUCACACCGGUAAUUGGUAUUUUAUGCAUGGAUAUUGCAGCGGACUUACGAAAAUCAUUCGGAAACGAUUAUUACAGUUAUAUUGCGGCAAAUUAUGUUAAAUAUUUGGAAUCAGCCGGUGGCCGGGUCAUACCGAUUUGGAUUAAGCGUCCCCGCUCCUAUUACGAGGAUAUAAUGAGCAAAAUAAAUGGUAUUUUGCUGCCCGGUGGAGCUGUAUACUUUGACACUACAAAGUGUACCGAAGAUUUGCGCAGUGAUUGCGUUCAAAGUUCUAAGUAUAUUUUUGAAAUUGCCAAAGAUUUAUGUGAAAAAGGCAAAAGCUUUCCUUUGUGGGGUACAUGUUUGGGUUUCCAGUUAAUGCUAACGCAUUCGGCUAAUCUCGUAGAUAUACGACAGCAUUGUCUGCUAAAGCAAUGCUCAUUGCCUGUAAAUUUUGAGAGUGAUGAAAUUUUAGCCUCAUCCAAAUUAUUUGCAAAUAUAGACAAAGAAUUAAAAUCAAGAAUGGCCUCUCUAUCAUUUGGUGUCCACAAUCAUAGGUGCUGCAUUACAAAGAAGGACUUGUGUAUCAAUGAAAUUGACAAACAAUGGAAAGUUUUGGCCUGCAAUAAAGAUGAUAAUGGUUUGGAAUUCAUAACUAUAGUGGAACACAACAGUUUACCCUUUUAUGGCUUUCAAAUACAUCCCGAACGUCUAAUAUUCGACAAUUAUGUAACAAACAAUAAAUCCCAUCAUUGUUUAGAAUGCUUUGAGCUGGCUCAGUAUUUUAGCAAAUUUUUUGUUCAUCAGUGUAAUCUAAAUGGAAAUCGUUUCAAUAGCAAGGAAGAAGAGUCAAGACACUCUAUUUAUCAUUUUCCUAUAGUAUUAAGCGAUACUGCUGAUAAGAAAAAAUUUCAACAACAUUAUUUAUUUCAAGAUGAUGUAGAUUAUCCCAAAGAUGAAAAUUAAAUCAAAUGUCAAACCAUAGAGGAAUUAUUACAUAGAAACGAGACAUUCCGUUUGGUCAAACAAAAAUAAAACAAACAAGUAACAGAGCUAUAUAUGUACGA